CACAUUCAAGAAUCCUUUCUCCACUGUCUCGGCCUCCUUCAAAGAAAGUCGACAACCAGACACAUCCCCUCUCUUCCCCAUUUGUUUGCAGGGACUGUUCCCUUCAGGAUUGCCUGACCCACUCUUCUGUUCUCACCCACUACCUAACAGCACUUUCCCUUGCAGGCACAGCCAAUGCAACACAUGUCAUUUCACCUCUUCCCUUAACACCAACCAGCGACCCAAACAAUUUUUCCAGGAGAAGCAGUGAUUCACUUGCACUUUUUCCAAUCUAGUGUACUGCAUUUGGCAUUCACAAUUUGUUCUUCCCUAUGCUGGAGAAUCCAAACGCAGAUGUGGUGAUUGAGCUACAGAGCACCUUUGUUCAGUCAGCAGAGGUGACCCUGGGCUUCCUGUUGCCUUCUGCUUUAAUUUCCUUUCUCACUCUGACCUAUCGAUCUGUGGGCCCCUGUAUUAUGACAGUGAGGCUCAACAAAGGCUUGAGAAAUGGCACCUCAUCUUUUGUCAGGGUACUUUGCAGCCUUCUGGAUAUAAUGCUGAAUUCUACAAUUCUACAACUAACCCAUAGGACAUCAAUGGAACUUCAUCAAUGCCCAGCCUUUGUUACGCACACAGGAACUGCAACAGUUAGGGUGCUGGAGUUUGGACAUCCUGGUUUACUGAAUCCUAAUCCGGUUGUCAAAGAUGAAACCGGUCUACUUAUUGAAGAAUAUCUCUCUCCCGCCAAAUUGCGAGACCUGACAGCGACAGAGGACUUACGGCAGGUGAAAGUGUUGGAGAUGUGUGUAGACACACAGGAUAAUAGUCUGGGAAACUUUGGUGAAUAUUUGCCUAGUUUGGUUCAACUAAAGCUGAACAGCAGUUUUAUUGCAUCAGUAAGGGACCUCGGAACAUCAUUAACAAAACUCCAGGUGCUGUGGAUGGCUCGCUGUGGUCUGACUGACUUGGAUGGAAUGUCUUCCUUCUGUUCUUUAAAGGAGCUGUAUUUGGCGUACAAUAAUAUUUCGGAUGUUAGCCCGGUGAGCUUGCUGGAGCAGCUGGAAGUGCUGGACCUGGAGGGGAACAAUAUAGACGAUAUUGUACAGAUCCAUUACAUCGCUCUGUGCAGUGAGCUGAACACCCUCACUUUGGAAGGCAACCCUUUCUGCUUUCGACAAAACCCAGGGGCCACAGAGGAUUCAAAUGGUAACUACAGGGAGGCUGUCAAAAAGCUCAUUCCACACUUGAAAUAUUUGGACGACAUUCCUGUGAGUGAGACCGGCAUUCAGUCUAACAGUACCAUCAGUAAGGAUUGGCUUAUUGUGAAGGAAGCCAUUAAGGAUGGCAUCUCCGCUGAGGAUCUUGAAAAUCUAGAUGAUGGUUUUAUCCCUGGGAGGCCUGCUUCUCGUCAGCACCAGAAUCAUUCAUCUCAGAGACCGUCAACAUGCCAGAGACCACACAGUGCUGGGCGGGUCUCCACAGGGUUCCCUACGGGCAUCUAUCGGGCAGGAGCUCCUGAUACCAGGCUUCAGGAUGGUGCUAGUGACUUAACACAUGGUACAGGAAGCAUCUUUUGUGGAAAUCCUGUCACAGCUCUUCGUGCACGGAAGAAGAAACAGGGUCCAUCAGGUGGUGGGACAAGCAAUUGGUUCAAUCAGUUUACUCACUCACCAGAACACACGUAUGAUUCACUAGAAAUCGACAGCAGGACACGAGAAGACAUUUUUGCUGAACUGAGGGCCUGGAGGGAGGAGCAUAACAGGCGCCUUGAAGCUAUUGUUCAGGAACAAGAACCACAGGUGUUGCAGAUUCAUCACAACAACGAUGAUUUUCUAAAGGACAGUACUGCGGAGGAGGUGAUGUCGGCCAGAUGCUCUGAUGGAUGGAGUGACCCAGUUUCACCAGAACCUGCAAACGUAUCUCCUCCACCCCCUUUACCCCCAAGUCUGCUUUCUGAUACUGAAGGCUUGCUGGUCACAGCCUUUAAUCAAGCACUGUCUCCCAUUCCUCCAUCACCUCAAGAAGCACCAGCAAAGUCACACAAAGUUCUUGACUUCAGGGUUAGACGCUUAAGGAGACCUCUACAGAUAGAAGCCGAGCGAUUGCAGGAGGCUGAGGAAGCUUCUGCUGUGUUUGGUGAAGACAGUGCCGCCACUGGUUCACUGGGAGUUCCUCCGCAAGACAAGCUGGUAGCUGGGCUGUACACACUCACCGCCCUGGAGAGCCUCCGACCAGUCUCUGGACCAGCAGCACUUGGACCUCGAGCUAGCAGCAGGUCACAGGUUGACAAGAGAUCUCAAAAAGUUAUUGACAGUCAUCGGCCGAUAAUCCGAUCGUCCACAAAAACCCCCGAGAGGCCUCUUGCCCGACACCCUGUCCGGCCCCUGACAGCCAAGGCUGCCUUACAGCGAUUGCCAAACAGACCCUUCCUACUGCCCAGCAAACGAAGCAACACCUCAAGCUGACCCCACAGGUAUAAGUACUUUAGAGAAUAGCUCGUUUAUAACUACACACAUAUAUCCAGAGUGCACAUUGUGGUGAAUUUAAACUUUGUGAUCCGGUAAUAGAGAGUGAAACGCAUGAUGAUUUCUCAGCACAGCCACCUUGCCUAUCGUCUUACUGAACACCCUUCUCCUAGAUUCUGAACCAUCCUGGCCAUAGCACUUCAUGCCCCUGGCUUUGCCAAUUGCCCAUGGACUCAUUCACUGGUCAAAGCUUGCUGCUAUCUUCCUUCACCAACCAUACACACUUUACCCGCUUCCAACUUUACAUCCUGCACUCCCCGAGGUAACAGAACAAUGACCCUCUCCCACACCCCACCCACCCCUCGCUCCACCCCAUGAUCCUCGAACACGGUCAGGCUGUAAGAAACAUAGAAAACCGGUGCAAGAGUAGGCCAUUCGGCCCUUUUAGCCAGCACCACUGAGUAAGCUCCUGGCCUUGAGCUCUCCAUCACCACACAACCACUAUAGCUGCCGAUGGUCAUUACAUUACAUUCAGAGUGAGGUGGGGACCCUGUUAGCCAUCUCUUCUACCUUUCCCCAUGUCAGCCAAGUGCUAAACCCUCAUCUGUCUCGAAUACUUCCAACUUCCUCCAGCUCACUCUCAACAUCACAAUCUGGGACCUUCCUGCAACGCUGAUUUCACUCUAGCUUCCGACCUCUCAAUUUUGCCCCCACCGUGUUAAUUGCCAGUGUAAGUAGUCCUAUCCCCUCAUGACUAGUCCGUGGCCCUUCUCUACAACCCGCGUCUGGUGAUUACCUCCACAGAUUUGCCCCUUUACCUUAACUCUGUACCUCAACCCCGUGAGACCAUCACUGGUCCCUGCCACCAGCUUGUCAGGCCCUUACCGCUACAAUCUUCUGUGUUCUAAGCUGCGCUAGUUUCCGCCCCAUGCCCAUGCUAUCAUGAGUCAAGAGGAUUGUGGUGACAUUAAGACUGGAGACGGUGAUGGUGUCAAGGAUUUAGCACCAGGUCAAAGUGUGGGGACAGUAAAGUGAUUAAUAUAUCCGUCUUCACACUUCGACCUGGUGCUAAAACCUUAACACCAUCGCCAAGUCCAGUCUUAAACUCACCACAGCCAUCUUGACUAGCCUCCCUCCUGUUAAUGAGUUUAUUCAGAAUCCUACUCAUCACUUGCAUCUGACUGAUUUAAAAUUCUCAUGUUGAAAGUAAUCUUUUGAUGGCUUCCCCAUCUGCUGCAUUUCCUUCCCCUCCAUUACAUCCUUCUCGUGUGCCCACUCUGUCUCCCCACUCACUGAUGACAUGCCUUGAGCUAUCUUAGCCCCACAGUGUGAGUCCGAUUUACACUGGUUCCCCGUCCUCCUGCUUUAAGAUGCUCCUCACACUUACCAUUGGGUCAGCGCUCCUCACAUCUCCUGUUUCAGCGUCCAUGGUAAUUUUGCUAACUCCUCUGUGUGUUGUGACCUUUCAUGUUCAAAGCAUGAUGUAAAUGCAAAUUGCUGUGUUGCUAGGGUGCAUUUGAGAACAGGAAAGGAGCACCACAGUCUGGGACAGACGCUCUCAAAAUACUCUGCAAAAUCAUAUGUUAACUUUGAUAAAUGAAAUGUAAACUAACAUACCUGGUUAAAGUUACACAAUUAAAAAUAUAUCCAAUCCUUAAAAAUUCCACAAAACUUGUAUUUCCCUAAGGUGUCUGUAAUUAAUUGAAUCCUCUUCUGAAAUGUCACUGUCUGAUUUAAAUCAUUUGUCUGAUCUUGUUCCUGAGGCUAGAGGCAAUGUAGAGAUAUAUAGGUGCUAUGUUCCGUCAAUCACUGUGAACGUGAAUAUACACAGGAGGCUCGCCUCAAUCUGUAGACUAUGGUUACACUUGCAAGGUCUAUGACCAAUUUUCCCUAUACCUUCUAAAGGAGAGUUCAUAUCCAAAUUCUCCAAUGGCACUAGGAUGUAGAUUAACCUGCUAUGUAUCUCCAGGUGACACAAUUAAUGGAAAAGGACUGCAGGAAAGUGUGAGGAUUUUGCCCCAAAAACUAAUCGCUCACACCUCAAAAAACCAUUGACAUCACCAAUCGAUUCCUCCACCAUCGUUCACCCAUGUGACCUAGUCCACACGGUCACGUACCUAUAAUCCAAAACACUUAAAUCCAUACCGUCUCCAACCCAUCUCACCUGACGUCCCUAUCCCUAGUUCUGUUGUGUGCGAGGGAGGAGGUCUAAUGGGGAUCUGAGGGGUAAUUUUUUCACACAGAAUGUAAUUGGUAUCUGGAACGAGCUACCAGAGGCAGUGGAGGCAGGAAUAGUAACAACAUUUAGAGUCAUCUGGACGAGUACCAAAAUAAGCAAGGCAGAGAGAGAGAUAGAAUGAGUGCAGGCAAGGGAUAUUAGUAUAGAGAGACGUGAUGGGCAACAUAAACAUGGUAAACCAAAGGGCCUGUUUCUGUGCUGUACAACUCAAUGUCCAGCUCAAAUGAGUCAUCUGGAUUCAACCUUAUCAAUUCCUUUAAAAUAUAAAUAACUCAAAUGACAUCAUAACCACUUAGUAAUAAAUGUCCAUGUCCAAAGAUGAACUGUUUCCGUAUAUACCACUUCUUCAGAAUCAUAUUGCAUUUACCGACACCUCAGAUUAAUGUACAGUCAUUACUAAGUAAGAAGAAUAUUUGUAAGCUUUUGUGCUAUCUUGCUUCCAGCAAACCAAAUGACUCACCCCACAAUAUGAGAAAUCACCUGCUCUGCAAUCACAGUGGAUUCGUGAUUUAAUUCUGUGCUCCUGAGCUGAACAUAGUUACACGUUUUUGGCUUCUUUGUGGCACAAAACAUACAGAAGUGAAGUUGAUAUUGGUACCGGUAUUGUUUUUGGUAUUGUUAUUGGCAUCGGCAUUGGUAUCGGUUUAUUGUGAGUCAGUUGGCUGAGGUUUGAGGGGAUUGCAGCUGCCCAUUCACCAACACCCCUGGUCCUUGUUGAUCGCCACUGACUUGAAGGCAAUGAGCACGUUGACUUAAGAGCUCUCGUCCUCGUCUCUGAUCCCUCAGUCACCUUGUCCAGCUUGUUCACGCUUCACAAUUCUGCACAACUCCAAUUCUAGUUAUUUGAUCACAUUUUAAUUAUUCCACUAUUGGUGUCCGAGCAUUCAGCUGCUGCCGGGCCUCCCUCUGAAGCUGUCUCACUCACUCUCUCCCUCGCUCCUCUUGUUGUGCCUUGCCUGGCCUAAGUCUGUUGUCCUGAUAUCUCUGCCGCUACAUGUCAGUUUAUUGUCCUGCAAUGUGCUCUGUGCAGAUUCUCUGCACUAAAGAGGUUCUAUCAAUCAGCUUGUUGUUGUAGUGUGACCUCGGACUGCAAUGCACUGGGCAAUUAGCCAUAUUUUACUUGCUGCAUCACUUCAUGCCAAUGUGAAGUGAUAUUACCUUUCAUUGUACAGCAGUUGUGAAAUUUGUGGCUUGUUUCUGCCGGUCUGAAAUUGUCUAAAAGGUGAAAAGGAGCAAAACUGACAACCUUUCUCCUUAGUCAUACUCAUGGGGUCAUAGAGCUGUACAGCAAGGAAACAGGCCCUUCGGCCCAGCUUGUCCAUGCUGACUAGGCUAUGAGCCCCUUGAAUUUAGAGCUCUCGUCCUCUUCUCUAAUCCCUCAGUCAUCUUGUCCAUCUGACAUAAUGGGCUAGUCCCGUUUGCCUAUAUUCUUUCCAUUCCUAUCCAUAUAUCCGCCCAAAUAUCUUUUGAAAGUUGUAAUUGUAUUCACUAAUUUAGCUUCCUGUGACAGCUUAUUCCAGAUACCGCCUACAGUCUUGAAAAGGUUGUUACUUAAGUCCCUCUCAACUCUCUCCCUCUCACCUUAAGCCUAUGCUCUCUAGUUUUGGAAUCUUCUACUCUGGGGGAAAAAGCACUGUUAGUAUUCACUUUAUCUAUGGCCUCCAUGAUCUUGUACAUCUCAAAAAGAUAAUCUGUCAGGCUUCAAAGAAAAAAGACCCAGUUAUCCAACCUGUCCCAAGAAGUCAAGCCCACUAUCCCAGGUAACACAGCUAAUGCUUCAGCUGAACAUGCUGUAAUUAGUCUCAUCCCUGGCUGUGGCAACGGGAAGGACGUGGGACCUGUAUCAUACAUCAAGCAGAGCCCAUCUCGUUUAAUAUCCAUGUAGGUUAGAGCUCUUUAUUAACUAACACUAUUCAAACAUAUUACCCAACUUGCACAAGUCGCCAAACCCUUCUUGUUUCUCUUCCCCCAAGAGGAUUUAGUAAUGAACAGCAUUCGAAAUAGUGAAAUUCAUCUGCUAUCCAGUUGAUGCAUAACUUGUAUUGUACAAUAAUUAGCAUGAAGUGCAUUCAAAGUCAGGCUGGUAUAAAAUAACAAUGAAUACACCACCCCUGUUUUAGAUACUGUGCCUUUCAUAAUGAAUGAACAAUGUUGAAUUGUCCAAAAUGGAUCUCCUCCUCCAUCUCAAGAGACAGGCACGUCAGCACACAUUUACCAGCCCGGCCACACACACACUUAUAUAUCCACAUACAAGAUUCCAUGAAGCACGACACAUUUACACAUGUACGUCCACAUGAACGUUAGUAAAGAGUGGGUGUAUGAAGCAUGUAGUGUCAGUACUGCCUGGUUAUGUUGCAGCCUCUUCUAAUGCUCGGCUCCACUUUGAAGUGAAAAUUAUGUAAAUUCCAGAUGCCCAGAAAGAGCGGUAAUAUUGUUGAUGUGAGCCCAGCCAUUCAAGUGCAAAGUGGGCCUCUCAAGAGUAUGAUCAAAAGAGAGAAUGAAACAUGACACGUCCAGCACCUUGUAGUUUGUGUGUGCCUCUCACAGCUCCCUGGUCAGUGGCUUUCACAGGGAGUGCUUGGACUGCGCAUGUUGUCAGUGAUCUCUGGCAGUGCAUCAGUUCAACAACAUGGAUUUUUAUAUAAAUCUAUACUAUGAUUCCUCCAACAGGAGUGAAUUUUGUGAUGAGCUGCCGGUAGUUCUAAAGACUAUAACUGGAAGUCUGCACUGGAGCAAGGAAUGCCACAGACUGUAGAGAGCGCUGGCUCCAGUGUUUUCUCAUGUUUUCCCCAUGAGCUGGGGUAAAUUCUGCCCACAUCUUUGUGUCAUUGAUGUCAGGACGUCUCCUGUUGGGAAAGGACUGCUUUCAUGAAAUGACUACAUGCUGUACUUGCACGGACAAUGUAGCUUUCCACCCAUAACCCUUCCACUGGCUUCACAUUUCACACCUCUUCUCUCCUUAGCUUACAGCCUUUUGUCUUUUAUUUUACCUCUUGCCGUUGUUUACCUAUCACUUGCCAGACUUUAUCCCCCCCCCCCCCCCCCCCCCCCCCCCUCCCACUACCUCUUUUCCAGCUGAAUAAAAGUCCCAUCCCGAAACAUCACCUACCCAUAUCUUCCAGAAAUGCUGGCUGGACCCUUGAUUUACUCCAGCAAUGAGCCCUCUUGCCUGCUUGCCGGGUAUAUUCUUGUAGUUGGGAAGAGGCAGUCUUCUCCUCGGUUCAUUACUGUAGCCACCAUUGCUCCUGAAGGUGGUCUCGGUAAGGAGUCUGGUCGAUAAAAGGUGUUGGUAUUGGUGAUCACAAGAACAGCAGGUGCCAAGUAUUCAGAGAAGGCUUUGGUGAUGGAGCUGCUAUUGAUACUUCUGCAGUACAUGCUGGGACUUAAGCUGUGUGCUGUGGAGGUACCUAACCAGCUUGUACCAGUCACUAGGGUCAUACGGCACGGAAACAGGCCCUUCAGCCCAACUCAUCCAUGCGGACCAUGCCCUAACUAAACUAGUCCCAUUUGCCCAAGUUUGGUCCAUAUAAGUAUAGAACCAUUUGAUUCUAUCCUUUUCCUAACCAUGUAUCCAAUGUAUUUUAAAUGUUGUUAUUAAACCUGCUUCAAUUACUUCCUCUGGCAGCUCGUUCCAUAUACUCACCACACUAACCAAGAAGUUGCCCAUCAGGUUCCUAUUAAAUCUUAUUUAGGGAAGUGUCCAGAAUAUUUGAUUGGUGAUAUGUGAAAGCCUUUACAUCAAGAGAAGUUUACUUAGCCUGAAGGGACCAUAGUUCAAACAGCAUCACCAUGGAACCACCAGUUGUGUUUGUAGGGUGUCAGGGUACUAUGGUGAAUAGAUGCUGCACAUAGCGUGAUGUACAGUAUAUAAUUGUAUUUGUGCGUGCUUCUUCUGAACUUCAAAGCAAACAACUUGAUGUAGAAUUGUAUUAUAACAAUAUUUAUUUUGUAUGUAAAUUGUUGGAUUGCCACGACUUAAAAAAUGAUUAUUUUCAUCACAAAUAAAACAACAGACUU